GCAGCCGCCGGGGAAGGCGCGGCGCCGAGCGGAGUUCCCGGGCUGGCGCGGGGCAGAGCUGCCAGGUCCCGCGCGGUACGCAGCCGAGACAAUAAAGUAGCGGUCGACAGCCCCGCGCGCGGGAGCGAGGAGGCGGCCGAGCAGGCUUUGAUGAGAAAUCCAGAAGAAAGAAUGUGUGCAAGAAAAAGAUGAUAUCUGUGCAUAGCAAACAAAAUCUGAAGAUUGUUCCACUGGAAACAGAAGGAAGACAAGAGAAUACUUACUAGUUAAAGAUGACAGAAGGCAGACACUGCCAGGUGCACCUCCUGGAUGACAGGAGACUGGAGCUGCUGGUUCAGCCCAAACUUUUAUCAAGAGAGUUGCUGGACCUCGUGGCUUCACACUUCAACCUGAAAGAGAAGGAGUACUUUGGAAUAACAUUCAUUGAUGACACAGGUCAGCAGAACUGGCUCCAGUUAGAUCACCGAGUUCUUGAUCAUGAUUUGCCCAAGAAACCAGGCCCCACCAUUCUGUACUUUGCUGUGAGGUUUUACAUUGAGAGCAUAUCGUUUUUGAAGGACAAAACGACCGUGGAGCUGUUUUUCCUGAACGCCAAGGCCUGCGUGCACAAGGGGCAAAUCGAAGUAGACAGUGAGACCAUCUUCAAGUUAGCGGCGCUCAUUUUGCAGGAAGCCAAAGGGGAUUACACCAGUGAUGAAAAUGCCAGGAAAGAUUUAAAGACCCUGCCAGCCUUUCCAACCAAGACUCUUCAGGAACAUCCAUCCCUUGCUUACUGUGAGGACAGAGUAAUUGAACAUUAUUUGAAAAUCAAAGGUCUAACUCGAGGUCAAGCUGUGGUUCAGUAUAUGAAAAUAGUAGAAGCUCUUCCAACUUAUGGAGUCCAUUAUUAUGCAGUGAAGGAUAAACAAGGACUUCCUUGGUGGCUUGGAAUCAGCUAUAAAGGAAUUGGCCAGUAUGACUUACAAGACAAGGUGAAGCCUCGGAAAUUAUUCCAAUGGAAACAGCUGGAGAACUUAUAUUUCCGUGAGAAAAAGUUUGCUGUUGAAGUUCACGACCCACGAAGAAUUUCAGUGUCAAGAAGGACCUUUGGGCAAAGUGGCCUGUUUGUACAGACGUGGUAUGCAAACUCUUCUCUCAUCAAGUCCAUCUGGGUAAUGGCAAUUAGUCAGCAUCAGUUUUACCUGGACCGGAAGCAAAGCAAAGCAAAAAUUCCUUCAGCCAGGAGCUUGGACGACAUAGCAAUGGACUUGACAGAGACAGGAACCCAAAGGGCCUCCAAACUGGUGACAUUGGAGGCGAAAGGUCAGCUCAUCAUGGCGAGCAAUGGCAGUUUAAUCUCCUCAGGUUCCCAAGACUCAGAAGUGAGCGAGGAGCAGAAGAGAGAGAAAAUCCUUGAGCUCAAGAAGAAGGAGAAACUGUUACAAGAAAAACUCCUGAAGAAAGUCGAGGAGCUGAAGAAGAUCUGUCUGCGGGAGGCUGAGCUCACGGGCAAAAUGCCAAGGGAGUACCCACUGAGCGUUGGCGAGAAGCCGCCCCAAGUCAGGAGACGUGUAGGUACCGCGUUCAAGUUAGAUGACAGCUCGCUGCCCAGCGAGGAGGACCCUGCUCUGCAAGACCUGGAGAGUAAUUUUCUAAUACAGCAAAAGCUGGUUGAAGCUGCAAAGAAACUUGCCAAUGAAGCAGACCUUUGUAAAACCGUGAAGAAAAAAAGAAAACAAGAUUACACAGACGCAGUGAAAAAGCUCCAGGAGAUUGAAAAUGCAAUAAAUGAAUACCGAAUUCGAUGUGGGAAGAAACCCAGCCAGAAAGCAACAGUUAUUUUACCAGAAGACAUAAUCCCAUCCGAGAGUAGCUCCUUGUCGGACACCACCACCUCUGACGAUCCCAUUGAUGCCUUCCCUCUUGCUGGGCAGCGACCAAGUUCAGUACCUCAUUCUCCAAGAAUUCUGCCCCCCAAGUCUCUCGGGAUUGAGCGAAUCCAUUUCAGAAAGUCAUCCAUGAACGAGCAGUUUGUGGAUACCAGGCAGUCCAGAGAAAUGCUGUCGACACACAGCAGCCCUUACAAGACUCUGGAGAGGCGGCCCCCUGGAGGACGGAGCAUGCCCACCACGCCGGUUCUCACUCGCAACGCCUAUAGCAGCAGCCACUUGGAACCCGAAUCCUCAUCUCAGCACUGCCGCCAGCGGAGUGGAAGCCUCGAGUCCCAGUCCCACCUGCUGUCCGAGAUGGACAGCGAGAAGCCAUUUUUCUCCCUCUCCAAAUCCCAAAGAAGCAGCAGCACCGAAAUCCUCGAUGACGGGUCUUCAUACACCAGCCAGUCGAGCACGGAGUAUUACUGUGUGACGCCUGUUGCCGGUCCUUAUUACACCACCCAGACAUUGGACACUCGUGCCCGGGGUCGGAGAAGGUCAAAGAAACAAAACGUCUCCACUUCAAAUUCAGGAAGCAUGCCCAACCUGGCACAGAAAGACAGUUUGAGGAACGGCAUCUACUCGAAGAGUCAGGAGCCACACUCUUCCAGUUACUACAUCGCUGGGUACACACCCUACGCAGAGUGUGACCUGUAUUAUAGUGGCGGCUACAUGUACGAGAAUGGCACGGAGGGCCAGUAUAGCGUCAAUCCCUCCUACCGGUCCUCAGCCCACUACGGCUAUGACCGCCAACGGGACUACAGCAGAUCCUUUCAUGAAGAGGAGGUCGACCGGGUGCCCCAUAACCCAUAUGCAACUCUCCGGCUGCCCAGGAAGGCGGCCGCCAAACCUGAGCACAUCACCAAAAACAUCCACAAGGCCUUAGUCGCCGAGCACCUGCGUGGCUGGUACCAGCGGGCCUCUGGGCACAAGGAUCAGGGGCACAGCCCCCAGACCAGCUUUGACUCUGACAGGGCCUCACAGAGAUGCUUGGGGUUCACUGGACUCCAAGUACCCUGUUCUCCAAGUAGCCGAGCGUCUUCCUACUCUUCAGUGUCUUCCACAAAUGCUUCUGGGACCUGGAGGACCCAGUUAACACUAGGGCUCUCCGAAUACGAGAUGCCAGCACAUUCCUACACCAGCUGCUAUGGCAGUGUCUACAAUCCUCUGCCGUCUCCCAACAGACAGUACGCCGAGAGCCGGCCGCCGGACGGCACGGAUGGAGGUCGCUUGGAUGACAGCUUGGAGAGCAGUGAACAGAGGCUCUUUUGGCACGAAGACUCCAAGCCCGGAACAUUAGUCUGAACACCACGCAGCGGCGCGUCUUGACCGAGCACUGCGUUCUCCCACUCGUGUGCCUUGCGAAAUGUGUCCGUCUUCCCUGAGGGCAUCAGAGGCUGGAGAGAAGACCUGGGAUGCCCCGGAAGUGAAUCCCACCCUAAGCCCUGCAUAGCCCCUGGGACGAGGACUUGGCCUUUCAAGCUCCACGUUCAACCUUCCCAGCUGGCUCUGAGUGCAGACUGGAACCAUUGCCACGAGAGGACUCUGUGCGAAGCCUUCCCCAAGAGCCAUCUCUUGUUACGGGGAUACAACUUGUGGAAGGCAGACCUCCGAACUGAAAGCACAUUCGGGUGCCCCCAUGGGAAAAGGAGCAGGGGGAGAUCUCAGAGCACAAUUCAGAAUGACGAGAGAAGGGAAACCAGCUCCCUGCCACAAAGACAGAAUUCUUGAGCGGGCCAAGAAGCACCUGCUCUUCCCUGCGGACACCGAGACAGUAUUGGAAAAUUACUUGAAGAGAAGUUGGAUUUUCAUGAAGUUCUGAAUGAGUGUGGGAUAUGAUGAAGAGGGAUUUUUUUUUUCAUAAGCACCCUAAAAUGCUGGACUUAUUGCCGUAACAUCCUGUAAUAUAACUCGAUGGUAGCAGAUUGGGGAAAAGGAAGGAGCCCCCUGAAUAAUUGACAAACUCGGCUUGGAGACUUUUCUAAGGUACAAUGUCACCGAGCUCCUUUUUGCUUUCUCCAGCAGUUGCAUGAUGAGCGAUGGUUUGGGUUGGAAGCUCUCCAGCGUGGCUGUCCUGGGAUUCGGCAGACUUGAGGAGAAAAGUUUGCAGAAUCCUGAGUUUGAAAAAGGAUUUUAAGGUGAUACAGAAAGGACCUAAAGCAAAAAAAAAAAAAAAAAAAAGCCACAUCAUUUUAGAUGAAUUGUGUGCCUUACCAUGGUGAGCAUUAAAAAAAUCAAACAUAUUGUCUGGAUUCCAUAAGUAGUUCUAAGUCACUAAGUCAUAAAAACAAAAUUAACAUUAAAGAAAAAAAACCUCCAAGCUGCAGUAGAUUCAAUUAUGAGGCUAAUACUACCUCAUACUUUCCUUGGAAGAACUAAUUAGCUAUGGUUUGUUAUAGGAUUUUGCUAGUUUUUCAGAACAAAUGCUUUCUGUAUUCCAGAUUGUUCUUUUUUGUCAUCUUUACUCUGCUUCAAAAUUCCAUAUAAGGUGCUCCUCCCCUUCUCCCCUACCUUUUUAUACAGAUUUCUUGUUCAUAUUGUGAAUAGAGAAAUUUCUGAUCAAUUUUUGGGGGACAUUUUCUAUCUAUAUUCCAAAGCAUGUAAUAUAUACAUAAAAAAUGGAUUUGUUAAACUGGUCCUUAGUCAUUUGUAUCAUUAGAGAUGAAGUUUGGGGGAAAGUUUUGGAAAAACAAAGACAAGCAAAAAAAUAA